UUCGCACGAAGUAAACAAACCGGUUCAUUGUUCAUCAGCGGAGGAAUUUACCGGUCGGGCAACGACCAAACUGCGGCAUUUCGAUGAACGAUAAUACGCUUAAAUCAAUCCCAAAGAAUCUUGUCCCGGAAAAUUAUCUCACCCUAGCGAACGAUGCACGCGUGGAGCGUGAUAAACAAAUCAAACUACUGCUCGAACAGCGCAAAUUACCGGCCUCGGGAUGGAGCGAACCGAUGAUCGAAUACUGCAUCAGCGAGCUGGCAUUGCUGGACAGUAACAAUUUCCCCACACGAUGUGGCAUGGGUGAACGGGAAGGACGGAUCGUUUGUGACCUGGUAAGACGGAGACAUUACAACUUUUCUCACGGUAUUGGACGUUCCGGAAAUCUGACCGAUGCACAACCCAAAGCAGCCGGGUCGACGAUAAUGGCAAAUUUAACCAACAGCUUGGUGCGCGACUGGAUCCGUACGAUUGGCAUUCCGUCCUGUGGCCACGCGAUCGUUGUCCCGCUAGCUACAGGCAUGACUGUGAUGCUCACUCUACGCGCCAUUCACGCCAGCAGGCCUGCGGCACGCUACGUGCUCUGGUCGCGAGUAGAUCAACAAUCUUGCUUCAAAAGUAUCUUAGCCGCUGGACUUACACCCAUCGCGAUCGACAGUUUGCUAGCAUCGGAGAUUAACGGAAAUGGGGAACAAUCGCAAGACGCGAAUCCUACGUUUGCCACCGAUCUGGCAGCAUUUGCUAAGCACAUUAACCAGCUCGGUGCUGACGCGAUCUGUUGCGUGCUUUCAACCACGAGCUGCUUUGCGCCCCGCAGCAGCGACGAUGUGAUCGAGCUGGGCAAGCUGUGCAAAGCGCACAGCAUACCGCACGUGGUGAACAAUGCGUACGGUUUACAGAGUUCGUACUACUGCCACCAGCUGAAUCAAGCGACCCGAACGGGCAGAGUCGAUGCUUUCAUACAGAGCACGGAUAAGAAUCUGCUCGUUCCGGUCGGUGGUGCUAUAGUGGCAGGAUCCAGUGCCGAUAUGGUCGAUGCCGUGGCGCGACUCUACCCUGGCCGUGCCUCCGGUACGCAGCAUUUGGAUGUACUCAUGACGCUGCUUUCCCUGGGACGGAAUGGCUACAGCGAUCUAUUAAAAGAACGAAAGGAAGCGUACGCUGUGCUGUUGGAAGGAUUGACAAAUCUUGCCAAAGCGCACAGCGAACGUAUCCUGCCCUGCCGCAAUCCCAUCUCCAUCGCAAUGUCGCUGGUGACAUUUGAAACGACCACAUGCCGGCUGGAAAUGAUCGGCUCCAUGCUACAAAAACGUGGCGUGUCCGGCUGUCGGGUGGUAAGCACGACCGAUAGCAAAACCAUCGACGGUAGCGCUUUCCAGGCAUGGGGCUCGCAUAGCUCGAAGGCCAGCGUACCAUACCUCACGGCGAGUGCGUCCCUGGGCAUUAAGUCGCACGAAGUGGCGAACUUUCUUGCAAAGUUGGAUGAAGUUCUGCCAACUGUUGUACCCACCCAAAACGACAAAUCGUAUGCACCUUUACCCAAGAUCCGACCGCACAUGGUCCAUCAUCGUUUCAAGGUGGAUUCACGACGAUACGCUUCUUCGUUUGUACCGAAGCACCCUUAGGACGGCAAAUUGCGAAGAAGAAAAGCGAGCGCAGAAAACAAUCUCGGAAAGAAAAUCGGAAGACCUUCUGUCGAGAAUUUGGCAACAAGAGACGAAAAACCGGUGUCCAAAGGAAACACAGCUAGGCGGGCGUGCAGAUGUGGAGUAAUUUGGUGCAGAACUGCAGAAGCAUGAAUUUUCGGUUGCACCGACUGACCGCACCGGGGGUGCGUGUUGCUGCUGCUGUUGCUGCUGCUGCCUUUGGUUGAUCCCCUGGACACACAUACCCUCAGGGACAGAUCGCCACACGCUCGAAAGAGGAGGAAAUUUCCUCGAUGAGGAUGAUGGGGUACCAUAACUCUUCGGUUGAUUUACCUUCCAUCGCUUGGUUGAUUAUGCUAUUCAUACUGAAAUAUCCUCAAAGUAUUAUUCGAAAAAAAAAAAGAAAAAAAUCCUUCUUUUCCCAAGCGUUCAAAUUACAAUUGAUCGUUGCAUGUUUGCAAUGAUCAACUUAAUGUACACAUUUUUUAAAUUUUAAUAUUUGCUUUAUUUAAGCUGCGUACGCUGUAUGUACGAUUUUGGUCCGAAAAAUAAGGGGCAAGGUGGAUUAAUCGUCCCCUUUUCUCAAAUGAUCGUCGCUUUCCUUACAGUGCGUCAGGUGCAUCCGCUUUUGGCGGAAUCUCACUGCAAAGGGAGACCGAUCAGUCGAUGGGUUUAGUCUGCUGGCACUAGAUGGACUGUACACAAUUUAUUAGGAUGCAUUACGACUUCCGUUCGUGGCGCAGUAAUGUAUGCAUAAAAAACAUAUUAUAUUUGCAUUUGCAUGUAACAAACGGCUUCACGGGAAAACAAAAAAAUAUAAUAAAGCGACCAAAACUUACAACGCUGGGCGAAUGAUUGCUACAAAAUUUGAGACAAUAAUUUUCCUGGCAGAAAUAUUGCAAAUAUUCUUACACAUAAUAAAGCUGUAAGCGCAAACAACUAACAAUCUUUACCGGUUAUACUGAACCCUGUGUUGCUGAAUUGAAAAGUGUACAAAUGGACUACUUCUCUUCUUGUUGGAGGGUGUGAGAUAAACACAGUC